CAAUUUCAGUUUCAUUCAGGCGCUCUCUUGAACAGUCCCCUCGCCUUGUUGGUCGGAGAGGACCCCCAGCAGUCCACCAUGGCGGCGCCCGGUGGGACUUUAAACUGUGAGGACUUCUCCAUGUUUCAGGAGGUGCUGAAGUUGAUGCGCACCAUAGAUGACCGUAUCGUCCAUUCCCUGAACACCACCGUGCCCACAGUCUCCUUCUCAGGCAAAGUGGAUGCCACACAAACAUGCAGACAACUCUAUGAAUCGAUGAUGCAGGCACAUCUGAGCAGAGACAAAGCCAUCAAGGCCUGUAUAGCCCAAACAUCUGAGAUGAUCGGACACCUGCGUGAAGAACGAGCAAAAGAAAGCGAAAACCUGGCACUUAUCAAACAGCUCAGAAAGGAGCAGACCAAAUUAAAGCUUAUGCAGUCAGAGCUGAGUGUUGAAGAAGUUGUCAAUGACAGAAGUCUAAAGAUCUUCAGUGAAAGGUGCAGAAUCCACUACACGCCUCCAAAGGUGAAGUGAAGCCCCGUCUGAUGAGAGGAGCUGCUUCAUUCAAGGUUCAAAUCCAGACUGGAGCUGAAACUGUGAGCUGCUGCUGCUGCUGAGUCCAGUCUGCAGGUCGUUUUAGACCACUGUGACCUCUCGUCCAACACACUUAUAUUCCAUUGUGACUCUUGUCUCGCCACAGCUGUAACAACAAUCAUCCGUGUGCUUCUUUAAUGAGAAUCCAUGUACAAAACAAGGUUUUUUUUAAAAAGACAAUGAAACGUUUUCAAGUGACA